CCCGAGACGAACCCAUCGAAGCUUAAAGAAAGGAAAGCUUAUCACUACCUCACCGUAGCUCGCAGACGCGGAGCACAGUGCACACAGAAUGGUCAUGUAACUAUAACCAGUGACAUCUCCCUCGUCAAACGCAAGCACGAAAAAAAAAAAUCCUAUAAAGAACUUCGCUUGCCAUGCCCAAGUCCAGGAAGGCAUGGCAGGAAAUGUCGGCCAGGGAGGGCUCGUGGCGCCUCCUGCAGUGGCUGAUCAUGCCCGGGUCGAUGGGUAUCUUGACCUCCCUCACGCUGCUCCUCGUCGCCACCGCCGUAGGCGGGUCUUCCAGCAGCCCCCCCGGCAUCAACUGGAGCCAGUGGUGGACGUACGACGGGAUCUCCGGCCCUCGCUUCUGGGGCGUCAUCAACCCGGCCUGGGGGAUGUGUCGCGAAGGGCGCCGUCAGUCCCCCAUCAACGUGGAUCCCAAGACGCUCCUCUUCGACCCGAAUCUCACUCCAUUUACACUGGAUAAGGUCACGGUGGCGGGCGAACUCAUCAACACAGGACACAGCGUGGAGUGGAGGGCCGCCCGCGAUUCCGUGAUGGUGAAUAUCACGGGCGGCCCCCUCAGCUACGUCUACACCGUCACCCACGCCCGUCUGCACUUCGGCGAGAGGGAUCAGCAGGGAUCUGAACACCUGCUGGACAACAGGGCCUUUCCUGCUGAGUUGCAGCUGUAUGGAUAUAACUCACAGCUGUACAGGAACUUCAGCCAGGCUUCAGGGCAAGUCUAUGGAGUAGUGGGUAUUGCUCUGCUUGUUCAGCUUGGGGAGCGCAUGACGCCAGAGUUCAGAGUGCUCUUGGAGGGCGUCGACUCCAUCACGUACGGAGGAUCGUCAGUAGCAGCCGCGUCCCUGGUGGUGAGCGGCCUCCUGCCCUCGACGGAACACUAUCUCACCUACGAAGGUUCCCUCACCGAGCCCGCCUGCCACGAGACAGUCACCUGGAUUAUCCCCAACAAGCCCCUCUAUAUCAACGUCGCCAUGAUGAGGCAACUGCGGGCCCUGAGACAAGGGAACUCCACUUUAGCCAACGCUCCCGUAGCUAAUAAUUUUCGACCCAUCCAGACAGCGCAUCACCGAACCAUACGGACCAAUAUUCACUUCACGCACGACAAACAGGCUCCGAGCUUUAGUCUGAGUCAUAUAUCGUUCUUAGCACGACUAAAAAUUAUCGGUCACACUUUCGUGGUGGACUUGGGUGAGAUCUCGCGGUCGGUGAUGGAUGGCGGCGAGGCUAAUGGCUGCCUUUGA